GGCUGAUCGCUGAUCAAACGCUAUAUUUUGUGAAAUCUAAUUCGCCUCAUUUUAUAAAGUUUUCGUGUGUUGUGGUUAAAUAUUUUUAAGUUUAAUAAAACUACUCACGGCUCGUUGCAAUGUCUUGAAUAUAGUAAUUAUAUUUAGUAUGUAUUUUAAUAUUGUGCGUGUCGGCACUUACGUCUAUUUGAUAUUUUAUCAACAACCAAGUUAUAAUAAAUUAAACUUUUAAGUAGUUUUACGUGUAUUUUAUUGAGUCUGUUAAGAUGGAAGUUGUUGAUAGUCAUACGAGCUUAAAUGCAGGCACAGAUGAUGAUAGAACUACUGUUGCUGAAGAUUUUACGGCUGAUGUUGAUACGGAUGUAUGUCACAAACCAAACGGUGUCAACUGCGUUGUUAUUAACGAGGUAUCCGAUGAUCUCGCAUGUGACAAAAACAAUAUUUCCGAAAUGGUAGUGACGACAGAUGCUGAAACAACUCAAGAAUGUGAGGUUUUGGAAAGUAGUGAUGUAAAAACAGAGGUAAAUAAAACAGUUCCUUUACUUGAUCAACAAAAAUCUAAUGAUAUUCAUAAAAGUGAAAAGGAAAAGCCUGAAAUGAUACAAAAAGAGGAUAUUCACAAACUGGAUGAUAAUGUUUCAUCUUCCAAAGUAAAUGUUUUACCAAACAUAACUCGAAGUUCUAAGCCGUCUGAAAAUACAACAGAAUUAAGUGAUGAAAUUGAGGAUAUGGAUUCGUCAAUUGUACCAGAUGUAUCUCCUAAAGAAAAUACAUCAGUACCAGAGUCAUCUGUAAUAUUACAAAGUACAGAGCCAACUACUUUAGAUGAGGAAGUUCAUUUCGAAACUGAAGUAUUAAUUGAAGAAAAUGGCAAUGAUCUUGAUGAGAAUGCAGCUGAUUCUUCCCAUAUUAAUGAAGAAGUAAAAUCAUCUGCUAACAAUAUUUUAGGUGAACUGGGUCAGAAUAUUGAACUAAGUGAGGUCUUAACAUCAUCUGAUGUUAUUAUAGAUAAUUCAGAAAAUAACAACAGUGAAAAAAAUGUAGAAGUAUUUAAUAAAGAAGAGUUGCUAGAUAUAUUAGAAGGUAAAAAUGUGGAACAAUCUUCUCCUAAAUUCAAACCUGAUGAAUUAACUGAAAUAGUUAAUAAAAAAGCUCUGGAACAAAUCAGUAUGCUCAAAAAAAUAAGAAAAAGGAGGACAACACAAAAGGAAUUGAUGAAAAUUAUAGAUGUAAAAACAAGUCUUAUAAAGAAAAAAGAAACAGACCAAAAGUCAAAACAGAAAAGGAAUGAAAUUGAUGCCAAAGGGAAUGCUACAUCCAAAAAUAGUAUUGAUGCAGACAAUCUUCAUGAAAAAGAGAAAGUUGUUGUCCCAGAGCAAAGACAAGAAGAGAAGAGUAUUGUAACUGCUUUAGUAAUGGAUUGGGAUGAUGAUGAAGCUGAUACAAAUGAUAAAACACAUGUCACCACAGAUAAACUGGUGAAAGAUAUCAAUAAAGAUGUUGCAAAAAAAGAACAGAACACACAAGAAUCCACAGUUCGACCAUCAGUAGAUUCCAGUAUGGAAGAUGAAUCAGCCACACAUGUGAAGAGUGAGGAUGAGGGUCCACCUCGUAGAUUAGGCAGGGUUAUAAAGAAAAAGGUUAUUUUUGACCCAGAUAAUCCUGAUACAUUUACAAAAUCAAAAACAAUAUCAAAAAGUAGAGACCAAUACAUUAUUAAAGAACACCCAACAAAAAAAGUUAAACCAGAACUACUUCAGCAAAGAACCAAAUCAAAAAGCCCAACAUCUAAGUUACAAUGGAAAAAACCAUCUCCGAGAAAUAGUAAGCAAAAUAAAAGGUUAUCAGAAGUUGAUAAAUUGUUAAUGGAUGAAGGUGCAGUAAACAUGAUAUAUCAGCUAACACCAGAAGCACCCAAAGGAAAAAAAAACGUCAAGACAAAAGCUGAAUUUAUAAAAAAAUUACAGAGUUCUACACCUGAAGGUAAAGAAAUGAAGUUUAGAGAACGGAAAAAAGAGAUCAAACUUGAAGAUGGCGAAGCCAGAAGGAUUCUUAGUGGGAAACAAAGAACUUCACUGAGCAGUUCAGUAAUGUCACCUUCAGUUAGUGAAGACUUUGAGAAUCAAAGUGCAGAUGAUUCAAUAAUAUAUCGCCGACAUUCCUCGAGUUCAUACUCCAGCAGUUGCAUGAGUCCAAGGCGGCUCAGUGAUGUAGAUGGGUCUAUGAUACCGCAAAAUGUCAAAACUGCACAUGUUACCGAUUCCUCAAAGAAUGCAAUGGCAGAAGACACCCAAAAGAAAUCUAAAGUUGAUAAGCAAUUCAACACUUCAGCAAAUGAAAAUGUUAUCACUGACAUAAUAAAUAAAGAAGAAUGUCGUUCUAUCAAAGAAAAGUUAAAUUCACGGUUAUCACAAGCCUUGAAUAAAAGGAAGAGGGAGAGUAUCAAAUCUGAUAAACCCCCCAAACAGAAAAAGAAGUCUCUUUCUGUUGAAGACUUGAAUAACUCUGAAUUAAAUGAGUUAAAAUUUGUGUCAAUUAAAACAGAAAAUAGGCUGGCAGAGGUUUCUAUACAAAAAGCUGGAAUGAAGAACUGUAUUGAGACUUUGAAGGAGUUAGAAAAGGCUUUAAAGCAGAUUGAUGCCGAUCCUGAGAUCGCAGUGACACUGUUGUCAUGUCAAUGUGGAACUCUUUGCUCCAGUAUUGACAUGAGCGUAUUAUUAGAAGAAAACAAGGAAGUGAGAAGAAACAAUGCCCAUGACCUAGCCAAUUCAGUUAGUUCGCUGAUGGGUGCCGUGUCGCGACACAGUAAGCUGGUGUGCGCGGGAGUGGAGGGAGCGUGCUAUGGCCCCGCUCUGGGUGUGGUCGCGCUAGGUGACGUGGUGCUGGCUUCCGAGGGCGCCACCUUCUCCAUGAGCCCCACCAAGCUGGUGCUACCAGGAGCCGCCGCCCUCACUGCACCACGCAGCGCCCUGCCUCAGCAGCUGGUUAACGACUUAGUACUCUUUGGAAGGAGCAUUUCAGCGUCGGAAGCACUGGCCGCAGGCCUUAUCAGUCGCAUGCUGUGGCCGGACCGGGUGGACGAGCAAGCAAGAACUAUUGUCCGGGAUAUUGCACAACAGACGACACAGUCAAUCUUGUUGAAGAAACGCCUUAUAAACUUGAACAAAUCGAAGGCCACAGAGGAGACAUUCCAGACCAGCCUGGAGUCUGAACGGGACCUCCUAGUCGAAUAUUGGACAUCCGUGGAGGUACAGGAGUUGUUAAGGGCAGCCCUAGUAGACUCUGCCUAACCGACACCAUAUCAUUUCAUCAAACUUCCUUUUUCGAGGACCAUUACAGACAUCUACUGUAUUUAAAUUACGAACAGUUAAUCACUUAUAUUCAAAUCUGAUGCAUCAUACAUCUGCUAUUCUUCUGUGUUUUUUUUUAUAAUCAUAAAUGUUUUUUAAGAUUUAUAUUCGUAAGAUUGCAUUUGGGUCGUAAUUAUAAAAUUUAAGUGAUAGAAAUUAAGUAGGGAAUAAUAUAUCGCAUGCACACGUGUGUUUCACAUUAAUUACUAUUCUUAUAAUAGAAGUUUAUAAAUUGUAUGGAUUAGACGUUAAGGAACAUUUUAUUAAAAUAUAAAAUAAAAUUGUUGAUGUUAAACAAAAACAAAUUGAUCGCACGUUAACAAAAAUUAUAUCUUUGAUAAGUGUGUUAAACUGUUAUAGCUUUAGUCUAUGUCUCGGGUUUGUAUGUGGGUAGUUUUAAAAAGUUGCAAGACUGCCGUUAUAGAUUUUGUAUGUACAAUGUUUCAAAUGUUUGAUGGAACAGCUGAUAAAAUUCUGGAUAAUGUUAAGAGUAAGGAAAUAGUAUAUAUUGUUUUGUUUUAGAUGAAAUUGUUUAUUGUCACUGUUUUCGAUUUGAUGAGUUUAUCGCGUAAUUUUUAUGUUCUUUUCAGCCAAAGUUAUGCACUAAUUUUACAAGACACUUCAUAUAGUUCGCAUGUCACUAACAAUUAUUAUCUCGUGCAAUUAUUCAUUCCUUUCGACUUAGUUAUCAUCCAAUAAUAAUUAUGGUAUAGAAUUAUUUCCUUUUCGAAUACGAUUAGGUUUAUUUAGACUUAUUUUGUUAGAAUAUAUAUUAUACAUUUAAGUAUAGCAAUAACUUAUUUUAUGUUCUUGUGGAAAUAAAGUGCCUUUCUUAAGAACAAA